AUGGCGUACGUCCAGGACCGCGGGACGAAGGCCAUGCAGCGGUUCGUCCGCAGCCGAGUGCGCAAGCUGACGGCGGACCUUGAGGAGACGAAGGAGUGGGCGUCUGCCCGCGAGAACGCGGCCUUCGAGGCGGUGGACGAUUGGACGCUCGUGUCAGCCGUGGAGACCAUCUUCUCCCGCAACGCCGCUUCUUUCGACGUUCGGGAGCUCGCGGCGCCUCUGCGGGACAUUCUGAUGGUCGGCCCGAAGAAGACGACGAGGGUGCCCUUCCUGGUGGGGCCGUCGAAUUCCGGGAAGAGCACGGUGGUUUACCCUUUCGACGACUUGUUCACUCCGAAACGGGUUCUGCACAAGCCUGCCUUGGGCUCCUCCUUUGGACUCCGGAACCUGGCCAGCGGCACGAAGCGGUUCAUCUUCUGGGACGACUUCCGGCCGGUUGAGUUCGCCCACGAGAAGACCGCCCCCGUCUCUUUGUUCCUGUCUCUGUUCGUCGGCCAGCACACCGAGAUCCAGGUUUCCCAGUCCUUCAACGACGGGAACAAGGACGUCUGCUGGAACCGCGGCGCCGUUUUCACGGGCAAGCUGGAGGGCCUCUGGGAGACGACGAAUAAGGUGGGUGCGGAGGACAUCCGGCACAUGCAGAACCGCGUGAGGCAGUUCCCAUUCACCUCCGUCUUGUCGGACGGCUCUUUGCAGGACGUGCUCUCGCGUGCUCCGUGCAUGACCGCGUGGAUCGUCCGGGAGGCGGCAAAGUUCGACGCCGUCGGCGUUUUCCGCCCGGCGCCCGCUGCGCCGGUCGGGGCAGACGCGGGCGUGCCGCCUGUGAGCGGCUUCGACGACCUCAUGUCCGACGCGCGCAUACCCCGCGCGCAGGCAGACGCCUUGCUGGCGGAUGUCCGCGCGAUGGGUGCGGUUGCCGUGGACGAGGUGCUCCCCGCGGACUGGGUCCGUCUGAAUUCGUGGGCCUUGCUGCUCCCGCUCCAGAAGCGCAGAUGCUCUGUGGGCACAGUGCUCAUGAAGUCCGCCCCGCGCGUGACGCAGGAAACAGGCUGCCCGAAGCCGCCCGUCUUGAGGGCGGCGUCAAGAGCGACGCCAGACUAUGAAUGCCGCCGCGUGCUCCGGCGUGGCCCAGCGGAGACUCGCGGCCGCAAGCCCAAGCUCACGGCCGUCAAGCUCCGCGCCUUGAACAACGCGCGGGUUCGUUUGAUUCGGGCGGCCAAGGGCGAGGCCGAGGUUCACCUCAAGGACGUGAUGAAGGCCGCGCGGGUCUCCGACGUCCACAAGGGCACGGCGGAGGAGCGCGCGGCCGCGUGUUCGGGGUGGAAGCGGCUCCCGGGCAACUAUUUCACGCACCAGGUCGAUGCCAUCAUCGACAAUAAGGUGUUCUCCAUCCCCAUGACCAAGCGGGUCCUCAAGCCUUUCACGAAGCCGAAGGGGAACCAGAACAGGGUGAACCCAGGCGCCAAGGUUCACGUGGCCGCAGCCAUCGUGAACAACAAGGUCCGCGUCUGGCACUACCUGCCCACCCUGUGGUGCGCCGACGCAGCCUGCGAUUUCUACGCGGGCGUCCUCGCUCCCGCGCUUCGCCGUUGCCGGAAGGGGCGCCGCGCCUUCCGCAUCCUGGGGGAUAACGACCCCGCGGGGUACAAGAGCAAGAAGGCCGUUGACUGCAAGCGGCGGGGUCUCAAGAUCACCCCCAUCAAGUUCCCCAAGUAUUCCCCGGACUUGAACCCCCUCGACUAUUUCCUCUGGGCGGAGGUCAACCGGCGAAUGGCAGAGCAGAGCGCGCCGGCCAACGAGUCUCAGAGCGCUUACAAGGCGCGCCUCAGGCGCGUCGCCAUGGGCAUCCCGAAGAGCGUCAUCAGGGCAGCCGUGGCUAAGAUGAAGACGAAGGCGGCAGAGGACCGCGGGACGAAGACCAUGCAGCGGUUCGUCCGCAGCCGAGUGCGCAAGCUGACGGCGGACCUUGAGGAGACGAAGGAGUGGGCGUCUGCCCGCGAGAACGCGGCCUUCGAGGCGGUGGACGUUUGGACGCUCGUGUGCCGCUGCGCUGAGGAGACAUGUCCCCAUGGCCCGGCGUGCUCGUACAGGUCAGCCGUGGAGACCAUCUUCUCCCGCAGCGCCGCUUCUUUCGACGUUCGGGAGCUCGCGGCGUCUCUGCGGGACAUUCUGAUGGUCGGCCCGAAGAUGACGACGAGGGUGCCCUUCCUGGUGGGGCCGUCGAAUUCCGGGAAGAGCACGGUAGUUUACCCUUUCGACGACUUGUUCACUCCGAAACGGGUUCUGCACAGGCCUGCCUUGGGCUCCCCUUUUGGACUCCGGAACCUGGCCAGCGGCACGAAGCGGUUCAUCUUCUGGGACGACUUCCGGCCGGGUGAGUUCGCCCACGAGAAGACCGUCCCCGUCUCUUUGUUCCUGUCUCUGUUCGUCGGCCAGCACACCGAGAUCCAGGUUUCCCAGUCCUUCAACGACGGGAACAAGGACGCCUGCUGGAACCACGGCGCCGUUUUCACGGGCAAGCUGGAGGGCCUCUGGGAGACGACGAAUAAGGUGGGUGCGGAGGACAUCCGGCACAUGCAGAACCGCGCGAGGCAGUUCCCAUUCACCUCCGUCUUGUCGGACGGCUCUUUGCAGGACGUACUCUCGUGUGCUCCGUGCAUGACCGCGUGGAUCGUCCGGGAGGCGGCAAAGUUCGAGGCCGUCGGCGUUUUCCGCCCGGCGCCCGCUGCGCCGGUCGGGGCAGACGCGGGCGUGCCGCCUGUGAGCGGCUUCGACGACCUCAUGUCCGACGCGCGCAUACCCCGCGCGCAGGCAGACGCCUUGCUGGCGGAUGUCCGCGCGAUGGGUGCGGUUGCCGUGGACGAGGUGCUCCCCGCGGACUGGGUCCGUCUGAAUUCGUGGGCCUUGCUGCUCCCGCUCCAGAAGCGCAGACUUCUUGGGCAAAUCGGCUCUCCG